AUGCGAAUGUACACAUUACUUUUGUUAUUCUCUGUACAAUUCUUUCUCUCUUUCUCUCUCUCUCUCUCUUUGUCACAGUGUUUCUUUUUCUUUCUUGAUUUCUAUCUAUCUAUCUAUCUAUCUAUCUAUCUAUCUAUCUAUUUAAACUCUAUUUCUUUCUUGAUUUCUAUCUAUCUAUUUAAAGUUUUUUCUUUCUUGAUUUUUAUCUAUCUAUCUAUCUAUCUAUCUAUCUAUCUAUCUCUUUCUUACCAUCUAUCUAUUUCUUAUUAUCUUAUCUAUCUAUCUAUCUAUCUAUCUACCUAUCUAAAGUCUAUUUCUUUCUUGAUUUUUAUCUAUCUAUCUAUCUAUCUAUCUAUUUCUUUCUUACCAUCUAUUUCUUAUUAUCUAUCUGUCUAUCUAUCUAUCUUUCUAAACCAAUCUAUCUAUCUAUCAUCUAUCUAUCUAUCUAUCUAUCUAUCUAUGCAGGGAGCAGUACGCGCCAGCCAUCUAUCUAUCUAUCUAUCUAUCUAUCUAUCUAUCUAUCUAUCUAUCUAUCUAUCUAUCUAUCUGCUUGGAAUUCUGUCUAUCAUUCAAUCUAUCUACUUGUUCAUUUUUUUCCUUUUACACAUAUAUUUAUAUGUCUGUUUUUUUACUAUGUUUAUAUAA